AUGGGUCGAGACGGCGGCGGCGGCGGCGACGCCGGCGCCAACGUGGACUUCAGCGGCAUCAAGGUGGUGGAGAGCAACGGCGUCAAGGUGUACCAAGUCACCGGCGGCGGCCGCGAGGUUCCGCGAUGGAUGACGGAAUCGAACAAGCGAAAGCUCCGCAAGGACGAGGCGUACCGGCGCAGAGUCGAGCUCGUUCAAGACCUCGAGUUCAGCGUCGCGUCGUCGCGGUGUAAGAUGAGCGCGGACGGGCAGUUCUUGGUCGUCACGGGGCUGCACCCGCCGCAGGUCAAGGUGUACGACCUCUCGCAGCUCAGCAUGAAGUUCGAACGACACCUCGACGCGGAGGUGGUGGACUUCGCGAUCUUGGGCGAGGACUACUCCAAGCUCGCGUUCCUGUGCGCGGACCGGUCGAUAAACUUCCACGCGAAGUUCGGGAAAUACUACUCCACGCGGACGCCGCGGCAGGGGCGCGAUAUGGCGUACGUGCGGCACACGGGGGACCUCGUCGUCGUCGGCGGCGCGCACGAGAUGUAUCGACUCAACCUCGAGCGCGGGCGGUUUCUGACGCCGAUGGAGGCGCGCGGUGGCUCGCUGAACGUCAUCGGGUCGUGCCCCACGACCGGGCUCCUCGCGGUCGGCAGCGAGGACGGCACCGUGGAGUGCUUCGACCCGCGAACGCGCGCGGCGAUCGGCGAGUUGAACGUCACGCGCGCGAACGGCGGCGUCACCGCGGUGCGAUUCGAUCCCAACGGCAUGUCCGUCGCCGCCGGCGACGGCGAGGGCUUGAUCCGCGUCUACGACCUCCGCUCGUCGCGUCCGGUGCUCACGAAGGACCACUACAACGGGUUCCCAAUCAAGGACUUGAAGUAUCACACCGGCGUGGACGAGAAGCGGAGGGUCAUAAGCGCGGACACGAGGGUCGUGAAGAUUUGGGAUCCAUCCGCGGACGGGAAGGCGCGUUCUGUCUCGCGCCGGGUCCCUCGCUGCUUUCAAUCCCGACACACCUCGACGCCUUUCAACUCCGCUUCUGACGCCUUUGAACUCCACCCCGACAUCGCUUCGUAUGGACCCUCGACCCAGCCGUUCGCGGCGAUCGAACCCGGGUCGGAGAUCAACGACGUGUGCGUGUGGGACCGCACCGGGCUGAUGAUCACCGCGCUGGAGCAUAAAACGUUGGGGUGUUACUUCACCCCCGCGCUCGGGCCCGCGCCGCCGUGGUGCUCGUUUCUGGAGAACCUCACGGAAGAGAUGGAGGAAGAGCGGACGACGUCGACGUUCGACGACUACAGGUUUUGCACGCGAGAGGAACUAGCGCGUCUCGGGCUGGACGCUCUCGUCGGCACGAAGAUGCUCCGCGCGUACAUGCACGGGUUCUUCGUGGACAACCGGCUGUACGGCAAAGCGAAAGCGAUCGCGGAGCCGUUCGAUUACGAGCAGUACAAACGAGACAAAGUGGAGGAGAAGCUCGCGGCGGAGAGAGCCGGCAGGAUCACGACGAAGAAGAGGGCGCCCAAGGUGAACGCCGCGCUCGCCGCGCGUUUGGAAACCAGGGGAGACGCGUCGGAGAAGAGGAAAGGAAGAGGAAGAAGAAGAGACGACCCGAUGGACAGCGACGACGACGACGUCCCGGGCGGCGGCUUGCUCGAGGACGAUCGCUUCGCCGCGAUGUUUAAGGACGCGCGGUUCGAGGUGGACGAGCAGAGCGAGGCGUACAAGACGCUGCAUCCCAACGCGCCGAAGCUGAGUAAGAGCGAACGGAGGGAGCUGCUCGAGGAACACUUCGAUUUAGACGAGGACGAGGACGAGGACGUGGACGACGACGAGCGACAGAACGCGGCGGACGCAAGCGCGCGCGCCGCCGCGGCGGAGGUUUCUUCAGAGGAGGACGAGGAGGAGGAGGAGGAGGAGGAGGAGGCCGACGCGCCGGCGCCGGCGAAGGCGGAAAAAGAUUUCGGCGUGAAGAUGUACAGCGUCAAGGACGAGAGGCACGCGGCGGCGUACCGCGAAGGACGGCGCGCCGCGGCGUCGAACCUCCCCCUCGCGCAGAGGGUCGCGCUCGAGGGCGGCGGCGGCGGGAAGAAGGCGCGCGCGACCGGGAACAAAGAGAUCAAUUGGGAAGCCGGCGGCGGGGCCGAGGCGCGAAGGAGAGGACGAGAGGACGACGGCGCGGAGGACGCGCGGAAGGGUCCCGGUCCGAACCGGGAGAAGCCCGCGAAGAGACGCGGCGUGGGGGGGAUCAUCGCGGGCGGCGGGCGCGGGCGCGGGCGCGGGCGCGGGGGGCGCGGCGGCGGCGGACGCGGCCGCGGGCGACAGUGA